AAACUACCCCUAGCACACCUCAUCGCUGGAACACAUCAACGAUGACUAUUACACUGGCUGCCACAGUAGCUUGUGGGGCCCACAACUCGGAUGGACGGCCAAGAUAAGCCUGGUGACCACAGGGCAUGUGGUAUGAUAUUUUCGUGUCCGUCUCGGCACAGAAUGUAUGAUUAGGCAGGGUGCUAUAUAUCCCAUUCCCAACAGAUUUUAUGUUUUGCAAAUAAUAUAAUGAAACAAGUGCUCACGUUCACCAACUAGACGCCCCUUCUAUAUAUACACACACAUCAGACGCUAUGGAGGUUCAUCUUAACUUGCUUGCUAGCUAUGGCGUCUCAGAAGUUUGCUGCGUCUCAGACAGUGACAUUCAAUGUCAAGUCGGACUCGUACACGACGUUCAUAUCGAAUCUCCGGGGCGCACUAGCGGGCAGCAAUCCCGACAACGUGCGAGACCGCCCCGUGUUGGCCAAGCAGACCGGCGAGACCAAGCAGCCGCCGAAAUGGAUCCACGUCGUGCUCAAUGGCGACGACGGCGCGGCACCCAAGGUGGCCAUCCGGAGCGACAACGUCUACAUCGCUGGCUUCGCCAACCGGCCCAAGGGAAGCACUGAAGACGUAUGGUUCCAGCUCAGCCCGAAGGACUGCAAGCAGCCUCUCUUCAAGGGCGCGAAGAUGCUCGGCUUCGAUGGCCAUUACAAGACGCUGGUCGGCGACCCGGGCGUCACAAAUCUGCCGAAGUUGGAGCUCGGCAUGGAGAGGACGUUGGAAGCCACCAACGUCCUCUGGAACUACAAGCAGGACAAGCUGGAGUACACUGCCGCUGACGCACUCGGCGAUCCUACGCAGAACCUGAAGAGGAAGCUUGCGCUCCUCGCCGUGACCUUGUGCGAGGCCGCGAGGCUGGAGCCCGUGCGAAGCGUGAUCAACGGCGGCUGGCAGCGGCAAUCCAUCUCCAUCACCGACAGGGAGGUCGGCUACAUCAGAGACUGGGGCGACCUCUCCACGGCGCUGCUGGCAUGGAAGGCUGACAAAUUCAAGAACGACACCACGCAUUUCUCCAAGUUUGCAGGCAUCGGGAUUCUCGACGGGAACGGAGCCCUGGCGGUGGUGCAGCUCCUGCUCAACAAGCCACCAAAGAAGGCUGAUGAAGAACUCCCAGCAGAUGCUGCAGGCGAAGAAAUUUCACAAUCACUAGAAGCCGAGUCGGAGAACAGAAUUAAUAACCCUCUUUAAUUCGCCAGUUAUACACCACUUAUCCGAGAAUAAAAUUAAAACAAAGCAGUUAGCAGAAUAUUCCUUUCAUGCAUAAUGCAUGUGAGAAGUCGUCUAAUAAAUUCACAGCAUUGAUAUGGGAAUAUGGUGCCACGAAUGCAAGGAGUUCAAGUGGAGUUUGUAAGUCGUUGAUCACGGAAUAAAGUCAAGUGGUUGA